UUUUGGCGGUGAACUCUUUUAUUUGUAAUUGUCUUUCUGAAAGAAAACAUUAGAAAUCUAGACUAGAUUAGUAGAUCUAGAUAGUAUAAUAGUAUUGGAGCCAAUUAGACUUUAGUACUUCAGUUUAGGCUUAGGGAAUCUGAGUCUCUAGACGAGAUUAGAAUAAAAUAGAUCUAGAUCUAGACUAUUGUUACAGAUCUAGAUCUAUAUGAGUACGAGAUUUAGUAUUCUAGUAAGCUCCAAGUAUGUGAAAAAACAUGUCUUUGAAUAAUACAGAGAGAGAAAUCCAGUGUGUAACACAUUGGUUCCAAGGUUGGAGUGCAAUGCAGAAAGAAGAUUUCCUGAAAGAUUUGCUUGACAAACUUGUGCCGAAUAACAUAGACACAUUGUUUGAUUCCAUGAAGUCACUAGGUGUUGGCGAUAAACCUCCAUCCAUCUUUCAAUGUCAGCUGAAGUUGUUUUCUGAAUGGUUUUCUCAGUGGACAGACUCUGAAAGGAAUGAUUUCAUGAUAAAGCUUCACAGCAUUGAUGCUAGUUUUAUGGCCAAGUUUAAUUCAGAAGCUUCAAGAUUGACACAAAAUCAGCCAAUACUAUCCUGAUGUUUGAUGUUAUGAGUACUAGUAUUGUUAAAAAAGAAAAAAACAGAAGAGUUCCACUCUGUAUAUAUAUACUAACUAGCCUAGUCAGUAAACCUGGGCUUCAGAAUAGUGGAACAGUUCUAAGCUCAAACCCUAAUCAGCAUCUUCAUCAUCUUUGGGCUAUAAUGUGAAGUAGGCAUACUGCACAGUAAUUCUGUUAUAAUAGAGUUUGUUAACUUUGCUCAAGUAUCAUUAUGAUCAUUAUAUUGAGUGUCAGACAUUAUAAUACUGUAUAAACUCAUUUAGUCAAACACAUUGUUUAUUAUAUAGAGGCAAAUAUUUUGUUAACUAGUUUAUGUUAUUAAUUUAAAAAAAACCCAUCAUAGUUUGUUUUCAUUUUUUGAAACAUUUUGUUAGUAUUUAUUAUAUUUAAAGUAUUAAAAGAAUAAGUAUGGUGGUAUAUGCAUAUAUGUGUGUAUAUUAGAUCCUGUAUAUUAUAUGUAUGUGAUUGUGGUUUAAAGAAUAUGUUAUUUGUUAAAUAAAUAUAUAAUGUAUGGAGGUUAAUAGAUGUUCUAUAUUAUAGACAAGUGAGUAGAUGUCAUAGUUGAGACAUGUUGGAGACUAUGUAUGUCAAUAUGUGUAUCUUGGUGGAGACUAUGUAUGUCAAUAUGUGUAUCUUGGUGGAGACUAUGUAUGUCAAUAUGUGUAUCUUGGUGGAGACUAUGUAUGUCAAUAUGUGUAUCUUGGUGGAGACUAUGUAUGUCAAUAUGUGUAUCUUGGUGGAGACUAUGUAUGUCAAUAUGUGUAUCUUGGUUCAAACAUAAGUUGAUGUGUGCAUGUGUGUGCUGUUGAACAUUUAUUUCGAUAUAUUCUUUUUUUAAAGUCUAAAUGCAUAAGCAAGUACAGUGUCAGACUGAUAAAAUUAGUCAGUUUUAAAGUUUCUUUUCUUUUCUUUUUUUUUACAAAAAACUUUCUUUAAAAAAUAUGUAUUUAUGGAAGUACCGGGUAACCAAUUUAAUUAGUUUUAGUUAUAUGACAUUUGUUUAUGAUGUUACAAUUUCCAAAACAUUAGAAGCAAUCUAGUUCUAA